GUUUCAGUCUUAUGUUUGUUGUGGGAGGAACAAGCUUCUUCGAGCGGCCAAAAUACUCACACAAACCUCAAUGUCUUGUCAAAUUACAGUCGGAGUAAUCAGAAGUUUUGCUUUUUCACGCAGUAAAACAAUGUGCGGUAAAUAUUAUAUGUAAUCCUGAUUCAUGGACCGCUACUUAGUCAUGCUCAGGCUAACAGCGUUUCCAUAGUGCAAAUGGCCAUCGAUCUAGUAGUUACCGAGAUACUAAAUGAUAAAAUGUCAACCACGCGAUUCUGCGCAUGAUCACUGUCGGCAUCUUUCCCCGGGCGCUUGAAAGUCUGGACGAAAUGUCAUGGAAAUCCAUCCAACAGAACUCUGAGCCCCGAAGUCGGGAUGGGGAUUUUCUUUUGACUCGGACGGGCGUUCCAGUUCCAACUUCCGACUCAAAUGUCGCUAAUCCCGAGAUUAUUAUGGAAACCUCAUGCUGCGUUCCAUUACACCUCAGAAGUCGUAGCGCCGAGCUUUAAGGAAUCGGCUUCAUCGUUCCUGUACAACUCCGAGUCAGAUCGGAAGUGGAACGCACCUCUGAGUUGGGAUGCCGGAAGAAAACGAGUUCAGAGUUCCGAGGGAAACUGAACGCAGGGUCGACCUCCUUCCCAUCACUUUCAGUUUCCUGCUAAACGGUUUUCUAAAGCUUCCCAACACUCGACGUUCCCCUGGCACCCGUGUCUCAGGAAGUUCCUCGCGAACGGAGAUGAUUUGGAAGGAGUUCAGGCCGCGGGCAGUCUGAACUUGACCCUCGGUGAAUUGUCAAUUUGUCAUUUUGACGAGUGGAGCUCAGCUCGGGCUGUAUUCACCCUUUCAUUUAUCUGGAUCAAAAUGGAUUCAUACGUAGAUCCUUGACACAAAUUGGUGAGGACGACUCAGUUCAACGUUUGGAACAAAUGACGUUUUUUGUCCCGGUUGAGCACCGGCUGAACUCUCUUUAGGUCUGAUGAAGUCCAAUCAGGCCGUUGGGCUCCAGCUGCUGCGUGAGAGAACAAAAGAACCCUGAGAGGAACCGACUCACCAAACAUGACUCUGCAGCUGCGGACCAGAGCGCAGCUCUUCCACCUGCACUGCUGCGUCGGCCUGACGGACUGGGACAUGGACAAGGAGCUGAAACUGGCAACUACCACCGACCAGUUCUACCACGAUGACAACCUGAAUGACCAGUACGUGGUCCAGAGGCCGUCUGCAAGAGCCUCGAGGAGGAAGGACGAAUUCAUUUGGUACGAUAAGACGUCGGACACCUUUGUGAAGCCGAACCUGUGGCUGCUGGUGAAUCCCGACAUCGCCUGCCCAAUCCAGUACGGACAAGACGCAGCCGAUCUGCGGAGUCCGUGUGAACCCACGGAGGAAAUCCAGACACGCCUGCUGCUGAAGCCUGCGGAGACCAAACGUCCGGGUGCGGCAGAGCUCAGCGCCGGAUACAUGAUCAAGAACGAAGACGUCUCCUGUCGACCGGCCAAGAACAGACGCAAGGGGAGGACCACCAAAGUCAGGGACAGUAAGAGCCUGAAGCCAGGAUGCUGGCCUCGUCCACCGGUGAAUUACUGCAUCCUCAUCGCGUUGGCGCUCAAGAGCAGCCACAGUGGGAGCCUCAAAGUCCAGCAGAUUUACAACUUCACCAGAGAGCACUUCCCCUUUUUCCAGACGGCGCCUGACGGCUGGAAGAACACCAUCCGCCACAACCUGUGCUUCAGCAACAGCUUCCGCAAGACCUGCAACCAGCUGUGCCGAGACGGAAAGAGGAAGUCGUGCUUCUGGCACCUGACUCUGGACGGCCAACGGCGGCUGAAGGACGAGCUCCGUUCGCUGACGGGAGAAGCCUUCAAGCAGCUGGAGCGGAGCAUGUCCCAUCCAGAUAUAAUCCGGAGUUUACUUGCGAUGUGAAAGCAGUUGUCAAAGCAUCAGUGUUCAAUUCAACGCAUUAUAAAAUUUAAUAUGCAGAA